AUGUCAGAAAGUGAGGAAGUAGCUCACACUGCUAAUGAUGAAACGAUGGAUUCAGCAUCAAUACUUUCCAUGAAUGAGUCGGAAACUACUGAAGACGAUGACAUGACAAUUCGCAGUGAUUCCAAUCCCGCUAUCUUCACUGCACCGUUAUCAUAUCAAUCAGUACAUCUGUCAUCAGAAUUCGAUAAGACACUACCGUACUUCACGGCUGUCACUGGACUGUACAGCAACGAUGUACAAGGAACGAGGUACCAUGGUGACAACAAACGAACUCACGAUGGUCAUACCAACCGAUUCGACAACAGCACAUCGAAACAUCACAGCCGACAUCGUCAACAUUUCUCCUCUAUCUUACGAACACACGUUUGGGGUUGGAUAAUUGAAACUUUUUGUAUGUCUUGCGUUACAGAAGUUGACCGGCUGGUCAGCCGCUCGGGAUUUGCCCGAUUGCCCUUCGCGCCUUUUCCGGCUCCAAGAGAACUUCAUAAAAAAUCAAGUGAAGAAUUGAGGCCUUCGUCCUCAUCUACGGGCACUGUGGAGCGUGGUGUGGAAUACUCGCUGGCUGACGCCGCAGACCAAGGUCCACCUGCGAAGAAACCCAGGCAAAAUACUUUUUCUGAAGCUUAA